GAAAAGGAGGAGAGCAGACAGGCCCAAGGGGGUCGGCGCCCGGAGCUUCUCGGUGGCAGUGCUGGGGCGCAGGGAGGGGGCGAUUCUUACCCGGAGGCUGCUGAGCUGGAGGCGGCGGUCGGCCCGGGCGGCUGCUGUAAUCCAUUAGGCGCUGCCCGGCUGCGCGCACUCUAGGCGGCAGGGAUCCGCUCAAGUGGGAGAAGGAACCGCCUCGGAACCGCGCGGAUGCCAUCCCGCCGAAAAGGCCGGCUGCUCCUGGCAGGCGGUGUCGCUCCGGCGGGGGGCUCGGCUCCCAGGGCUCCUUCCAGGCUCCCCGCCGGGCUCCCCACCAGCUCCGGAGGUGGCAGCGGUGCGGGGCGAGCGAGCGGCGGUGGGGCUAGGUCCGGCGCCGGGCAGGAGCCCAGGCCGCCGCGGACUCCACAAUCCCGCAGCCGAGGACUGGAGCCCACCUCUGCAGAGACAAAGGAGCUGCUUUGGGGAUUUCUCCCUGACAGUAAAUGUGCUUGGCUGGCCUCCAGCAUUCUCUUCAUGGACAUGGCCAUCCCAGCUUCAGAGCCUGCCUGAAAGAGGUAACCUCCUCACUCCCCAGUCCUUUCAAACAGUCUUUAGACUUCCAGUAAUAU